AUGCUGCAACCCAUCGUCAGCCGAGCCCCUUCUGCUCAGCAUCGUGCUCAUCGAGUCUUCCAAAACCUCCGACCCGGCGACAUGGAAGUGGAGAAGACUGGCCGCGUCUUGUGGAAGACUUGGAGAGCAAGAGCUUUGCAGAUUCGGAACACCGACAAGGACAAAGGCGCUGAGCAUGAUGCAACCCAAAACACGCUCAUGCACCACUUCGCUAUGGAAAGCGAAGCGGACGUCCUCAAUCUACUGACACUGCCUGGAGAGCCGCUUCACGGCACCAGGAAGUUUACAUACAGACGUAUACCUCGCCUGGCCAACACCAUAAAUCAGCAGUCUCACGAUAACGAGGAUAAUUUCAUGUGCCUUCCUACGCGCGUGUAUUAUCCGGUUUGCACCGAUAUGAUCGUUGGGCACGAGCUUCUACAGCCAGGUUUGGAGGCGUUUGCCGAGUUCGACUGCGAGACUUUCCCCCCACAUACCUUCUCGCCGGACACAAGACGAACAGAGUCUCAACUUACGGCUCGUAGACUUUGCAGGAGGCCGAAACUUCAACCCUGUCAGGGAUCAGCAACCAUGUCCACUGUCGGUGCGAGUUCAGCUGUGGGAAUCCCCACGCUUUGCGGGAAGCUAAGCGGGUCCUGGGACUCGUACGCUGUAACACCGGAGGAGUUCACGAGCCGGCCAGUAUUUUCGCCAAGAUCCUCACACGGCCUGGCAGCCUUCACUGUCAUCGCAGCACGCGCAUACCCAUUCUUCGAAGAAAAGAGGAACAUACAGGUAACGGGCGUGAGGCAAAAUUCAUGGUGGUGGAUGUCUGUGGCUAUCUCGAUCUACACCAGGAAGACAGGUGCUACCUGCCUUGUCUUUCGAGGAGGACCACCAACGUCUCCGCAACACCCAGAAUUUGAACCUUUACAGUACCUGGUUCGAGUCAAAGAUGGAUCGCUUCCAUCCAUCAUCCCGGACCCAGUGGAUCACACACGACGAUUUGCCCAAUUCAAUGUUCGAAAGGGCCAAUUGCUUCGCUACUCCGCGUACACUCAACCAGAUUGGCUGGAAGAAAUGCCGCAAGUGACGAGCCGUUCAGGUGAACAUGACCGCUGA